CAAUGCCAACCUCUUUUUAGACCUCCUUAAAGUUAUUAUUCCAAUCUCUCCCUCAACUUCUUUCUCUCUCUCUAAAAACAACAAUCUCUCCCUAUCUCUCUCUAUCUCUCAAAAAUAAAAAAUAAAGAUAUGGCUCAGAAGAGAGAUGAAAAAGAAACAGAGUUCAAAGUACCUGAAACAAUAACCUUAUGCUCACCCCCUAUCUCCGCCGCUUCUUCUAAGCUUUCUCCUUCCGAUGACCGUAGAUCUUCACCCGAUAGAUCCGAUCCAAAGAGCGGUGUCGUUGCCGGCGUUCUCGUUGACUUUCGAUCCACGUCGGUUGACUCGACAAAAAAGCCAGAUCUAAGUACAAAACGACGAUCGGAAGCGAUUGAACCUUUAGAUGAGGUAAUCGGAAACGAUUUGAAACGGCGAGUGGUAAAUCGGUGUUCCGGUUGUAAAAAGAAGGUCGGAUUGAUCGGAUUCCGGUGCCGGUGCGGAGAGAUGUUUUGUUCGGAACAUCGAUAUUCCGAUCGACAUGACUGUAGCUACGAUUAUAAAGCUGCCGGACGUGAAGCUAUUGCGCGUGAGAAUCCUGUCGUUAGAGCGGCGAAGAUUCUUAAGGUUUGAUAAAAAAAAAAUUAAAAAAAAUCAUGAUCUGGAGAGAUACAAAACGACGUUGUUUGGUUAAGAAAAAUGAAUUCUUUGCGUUCACAUCUCCGGUAAUAUGGCGCCAAGAUUAGGUACAGAAAUGAAGAGGUUAUAGGAGGUGUGAUGAUGACGUCAUGUUUCUCUAUGGCGGUGUAAACCGAUUGCGUUUGGGGGGCUAUGUGAAGAUUGAUGAAAGUUGAGGGGUAGCUAUUGUCAAUUUGAUUAAUUAUAUAAUGUUUAGUGUAACUUUUUAUUUAUUUUAUGAUUAUGAUUUAUUACGUGUUACCAUA